UUUACUGAAAAAAAAAAAACAAGGACAAAACUUUUCCUUUUGGAUUUACAGAUUUCUCCUAAGCAAGUGUUUGGAGCCUAUGGACAUUAAUAACUCCGGCACCGGCGGGGACUAAAAAACAGCCAUAUGCCAUGUAGAGACGCUCCUGCUGGAAAUACACGGACUAGCGCCACGCAGCAGCAGCAGCAGAGCUGCUUAUUCCGCUGAGGGGAAACUAUCAAAAUGCUGCGAAGCUCUGUGUGACAAGCUCGGUUUCUCUCUGUAGAAAAUCUGCUGGAGGAAAAAGACGAGAGAGGAGAAGAAGCGAUAUGCGUCUGUGCAGCCGACUGGCUUUUCUGGCCGUUCUGGUGGAUGAAUAGGAGGAAGAGUCUGUAUAGCCUCGAACCUGCACACGGGAGCGGACUGUUUAAAGCCCGCAGUGGCUUUAAAACCGAUGGACAAUCUCCCAUAGAUGCAGGUGAAAGAAUGAGCUGCUGAGGUGGGGGACAUCUUCCUCAGCACGGACGCUGCAGCAGUCUUCUGUAAAAGGAGGAGCAACACUUCAGAUUCUUUGUUGCCUGCAGGAGGCACUCAAGGUGGUGUGUUUGAACUUAAAUCGGUUUGAAUGUUUGACCUGGAGGUUUAUCCGAGGGACCAUAUGGCACAACUACCUACAAUAUAGACAGCACAAGGGUUAAGAAGGCAAAGCAGCAGCUCCAACGCCUGAGGAUCCUCAUUCCCCUUCAUAUGAGGUAACAUGGACAAAGUGGUCACCUGUCUCCUGCUUCUGGGAACUGCAAUUGGAAUUGUCCAUGCAUGUCCCAAAUACUGUGUCUGCCAGAACCUCUCAGAGUCACUGGGCACACUAUGCCCCUCCAAGGGCCUGCUCUUUGUGCCCCCUGACAUCGAUCGGCGAACUGUGGAGCUCCGGCUUGGUGGAAAUUUCAUCCUCAAGAUCACCACGCAGGACUUUGCCAAUAUGACAGGUCUAGUGGAUCUCACUUUGUCCCGCAACACUAUCGGUACCAUCCAGCCUUUCUCUUUCAUUGACCUCGAAACAUUGAGAUCCCUGCACAUGGACACGAAUCGGUUGACUGAACUGGGACCAGAUGACCUCAGAGGACUGAUAAACCUGCAGCACCUGAUCCUAAACAAUAAUCAGCUCAAUCAAAUCUCAAAAACUGCCUUCGAUGACUUGAUACUGACACUGGAAGAUCUAGAUUUGUCAUACAACAACUUGCGCAGUGUGCCUUGGGAAGCCGUCCGCAAGAUGGUUAACCUACACCAGAUUAGUCUGGACCAUAACCUCAUCUCCUUCAUUGCUGAAUCGACUUUCACAGACCUGGAUAAACUGGCUCGCUUAGACCUUACUUCCAACCGCCUCCAGAAGCUCCCUCCAGACCCCAUAUUUGCACGCUCCCAGAGUAGUAUGCUGAUGAGCACUCCUUAUGAACCUCACCUCUCUCUUAGCUUUGGUGGAAACCCAUUGCAUUGCAACUGUGAGGUACUUUGGAUGCGAAGGCUGGAACGUGACGAUGAUAUGGAAACUUGUGCUUCUCCUAACAAUCUAAAGGGACGCUACUUUUGGUCUGUUCGUGAGGAGGAGUUUGUUUGUGAACCCCCUUUGAUAACACAACAUACUCACAAGUUGUUAGUGCUGGAGGGCCAAACAGCUAGCCUGCGCUGCAAAGCUAUUGGAGAUCCAAUGCCAACUGUGCAUUGGGUUGCACCGGACGACCGUUUGAUCAGCAACUCCUCCAGAGCUACUGUAUAUGAAAAUGGCACCCUGGACAUAGGGAUUACCACAUCAAACGACUAUGGCACUUUUACUUGCAUAGCUGCUAAUGCUGCAGGGGAAUCCACAGCUUCCAUUGAGCUAUCAAUCAUACAACUCCCCCAUAUAACUAACAAUACAAAUCGUACCACACAAACAAAAUCAGGACUUUCAGACAUCACUAGCUCUACCAAGAGCAGAGGGGAGCCUAAAAGUCUUCCAGAGAAGGUGGUGGCUGUGUCAGAAGUGACUGCUAUCUCUGCUCUUAUCAAAUGGACUGUCAGCAAAUCAACUCCAAAGGUUAAAAUGUUCCAGCUUCAGUACAACUGCUCUGAAGAUGAAGUACUCGUUUACAGGAUGAUUCCUAGGACUAACAGGGCCUUCGUAGUGACAAAUCUUGUCCCAGGAAUGCAGUAUGACCUGUGUGUCUUGGCCAUUUGGGAUGACACCGCCACUACUCUCACUGCCACCAACAUUGUGGGCUGUGUCCAAUUUAUCACCAGGGAGGACUACCCACAGUGCCAAUCUCUUCACAGUGGCUUCAUGGGCAGUACCAUGAUCCUGGUCAUCGGCGGUAUCAUUGUGGCCACGCUGCUGGUGUUCAUCAUCAUCCUCAUGGUUCGCUAUAAGGUCACCAAUGGAAUUCCAACCAGUAAAUUACCUACUGUGAGUAACACAUACUCACAGACCAAUGGAGGAGUGAACAGGUUCAACGGCGCACCGCCACAGGUGAAGUCCACAGUGGUGGUUAUGCGUGAAGAAAUGGUAGAGUUCAAGUGUGGUUCUCUUCAGAGCAGCCUCUCCUCGUCCUCCUCCUCCUCUAACUCAAUAGACAGCCAACCAGCGAGAAUGGUUGGCGACCGCUACAGUGUUCAGGGCAGUGAAUGCAGCACCUUGCCCAGCAGCAAGUUCAUGAAACACGUACACACUGCGAAAGCACAACAGAGCCUGGACCACCUUUUAGGGGCCUUCACCUCACUAGAGCUACGACGGGUAGCCAAGGAACCCCAAGGGGCCUCUGGCCCCUCUUCCACUCCCAAUGCCAUGACAAUAGUUCCUGCGGUGCCACCAUCUGACAAAGAACCCCUUCUCGGGAGAGCUGACUCCACAACCAUGCUAGGUCGUCUCCUGGGAUAUCCCCAGGAGGGAAAGCCCAAGAGGAGCCAUUCAUUUGACAUGGGUCAUGUAGCGGUGGCACAGUGCCGAAGCAGCCAACCUCGCAGGAUCAGUAACAUCUGGACUAAGCGUAGUCUGUCUGUUAACGGCAUGCUGCUGCAGUGCGAUGACAGCGAGGACGAGAAGCCCUCCUUUGAGAGCUCAGAGUGGGUGAUGGAGAGCACAGUUUGAGUAAAGCCCACAUAUGUGAUCUCUGGCCAAAUAAUCAACUGUUUUCUUGAAACAGACACGUGAACAUAGAAGGAAAAGGACUCUUAAGGGAAGCUGCCUUUGAGUACUAUGUGAACUUUGCCCAUGUGAAUACUGUUAUAAUGACGAUGUGAGAAACGACACAAUCAGCUAUUACUCUUGGCCAUGGUCAAAACUGUCUGACAGUGUUUACUACAUUUGAAAAAUUGUCCAUUUUAAAACAUCUGCAGAAAUAGCUAUUAUGAAAAGGCUUCUGAUCUGCAUUCAAAAAUAAAUGUGUAAAGUGUAUUUACUACAUCUUGACCAAACUCUAGGAGGAGCUGCUUCAAUUCCUGGACACUGGAAUAUCAUGUUAUGGACCUUUCACAUAACAUUGGACUACUGCGACAGUAGACAGCGGGACCAGAGGAGUUGAUACAGUAGAAAAUUGAAAAAAAAAAACAAAGUCAUUUUUAUUUUCAUCUGGGUUUUUCUAUCAUUUUUACUAUUUAUUAUUUGAGUUGAUUCAUCAGAAGACAGAGGCAUAGCUCUGUAAUGAGAUUGUAGUUGUUGUUGAUAAUCAAAAACAGACAAAUUUUAAUCAUUAAAUAUAUCAAUGCCCUUAAUAUGAUUUACUCUGAACCCCAAGAGCCAGUCUUAUAUUUCUACCUCAGGUGAUGUUUGAUAUGAGGUUGUUCAUAUGUGACAGUAAAAUGAAAAUACAUCAAAUGCUCUGUACAUGGAACACAAGUUUUUACUUUGAACUUGUUCUCAAAUGUUUCAGAGAACUAAUUGUUGUCCAAUCAGUACAAUCCUGUAAUUGUCCAGCUCAGAGUGAAAUCCUGCAGUUUGAGUUCUUUGAUUAUCUCCCCAUUGGUCGGUUCUGGUGACAGCGGUCCCUUCGGGCUGAAGGGCCACUGAUGUAAACAGUGUUAGCCUCAGGGUGAGGUUUCAGAUGCUAUCAGUUCAUAUUACUGUAUCCAGACACAAAUGGUGUUUGAAAUCUAUCAAGCCUACUUAAUCGUUUCCCCAGAGCAGCCAACACCAAGAUUUAUCACCAGAUUGUGAUUCCCUACAGGCAACACAAACAAGAGAGCAUGAUAAUUACUCAUUUACCCAGGUUAAAUGGAGGAAUUUGUCAUUUAGUAGCUGGAUAAAGGUUAUUGUGCUGCUUGUGAGAAGCUGUCAGGCAGAGAAAAAGGGGAGAGGGAUGUCUUAUUUUGAGCCAAUAAACUGAGAAGUCUGGAAAUCUAUUUCACCAGAUUGCAUGAUACAGAACCUUUUUUGGGAUUAUCUGUCAUUUGACUUGCAUCACCAGAGGAACAGUCCAUCCAUCAUUCUUAUUCAUACAGGGCUGUGCAUUGCAGUAAGACACAUUUAGUCACUGUUCAGAGCACUGCCUGCAAUUAUUUGCAACCCGCCUGCAUUUUAAUGCCUUUUUCUUGAGAUUGAGAUUGCAGCAUUUCAAAAUGUGGGUUGGUCAUCAUUUUCCUUUAAACUGCUUUCCUCCUACAGUAGGUGUACCGUUCUGUAUAUUGGCAUUUUUUUUAGUACAAUAAUUGAGUGAGACUGUAACAGAAAUGGGGGUAAAACUGUGCAGUGGUACUUUUAUUUUCAUGUGAAGCAAACAGUGAGAAGGUGCUUUACUGUGGUGUACCAACAUGGUCGUUGUUAGUUGGCUUAAUGAAAUGGGAUUUUACACGGUACUGCAAGCGGGGAGAGGGGAGCUGAGAUUUCUCACAGGGUUGAAACACUCAGUUGACUAAAAUAUUUGCUCACUAAUUCCUAAUGAUGCUUCUUCAUAAAAGUAGACUUGGUUUAUGCUUGAGGUUCCAAAUGCGGAUGCUUUUUGGUCACGCCACAAAGCCACAUGUUGACAUGUUCUUACAUCUUUUUAUUUUGACUCCCUCUGAUAAGUAGCAUCCAAUAUAUGCAUUAAUACUGAUAUCUAUGAACAUUUAUCUGACACGCCACAUCAGUCAGGUGAAUGUGUCUACAUGUAGCCUAUACAAGAAGAAUUGAGUCAUAUUCAAAUCACUUCCAUUCAACCAUUUAACCAUUUUCAUUGCGUUGUACUGUUAAUAUAAAAUAAUGCAGGAAAAUAACUUAUGCUAUAUGAAAUUAUAGUACAAGAAAAAAACUUGCGUUAACCCGUAAACAGAAGUAUGUAUUUUUUGAUAAACAUUCACAGUUACAAUACUUAAAGAAAAAGUUUAUUAGCAUUUGCUGUCUCAUCUUGCACAUAACCUAGUGGGACUUCGCAUAGAGACACUUUCUGUGUCAGUCAGUACGUUUACAUGCACUAACACAAAUUUGAAUUGUUGCCUUAAUCCGACUGAUACCGAAGUUUUAAAAGCCAUGUAUCAACCUUAACUGCACUGUAGUUGAACCAAACUGAAGCUGUUGAGAUCGAGCUUUUAAUGCCAGAUAAUGCGUCCUAAUCUGAGUUAUUGUGGCAUGUAUACGCAACCCAAGAUUAGCCGAGCUAGUGACUGUCCCAGGACUCCCCCUUCCGGAAGUGACGAGCCGCAGGAGCUAAAAUAAUAACAGUCACGCCGUCAAAACCACGUGGUAACAGAAGAAGAAGAGCAAGACUUUGCGCGCCUAUUCCCUGCAACGUGAUCAGGCUUAGUAUGUACGAAAUUUACCAAGCUGAUGCAUCGUUAGCGUCCAUUUUUUCGCAUGUUGUCCUCCUUCGCAAUUGUUUACUAAUUGUACUGGAAAAAUGCCAACGCAAAAGUACGUGUGGCGCUGCGGAGUCGAACGCAUCUCAAUCAAUAAUUCGAUUGUCCAAGUAUACAUGUGCAAUGUAUACUUGGAUUUUUUCGGAAAAUACAGUUUAAUCCUUAGCUAGAUUGUAACCAAUAGCUUGUUUUAGAUGUGCAUGUAACCACACUGACUGUCCAUACCUCGUGGCAGAGAACGUAACCAACAGUAAUCAUUUAUCACAGUACCCAAAUUCAUGCUAAGUGCAUUGUGGUUACUCUACAACACAUUAUUCAUCAUCAUUUUUUGUUAUAGCAAAAAAAAUUGACAUUCAACUUGGAAAAAUGUAUGCAUUUAGAAUGGUAACAUCACGUUCUGGAAGGAACAGAGUCCCUGGAGUUGCUUGUGAACAUUAUAGACAAUGCAUUUGAUUCUACAGGAAGCCAGAGGCAGCUUUCCAUUUUUCGAGAGCAUAUAGCCACAUUCUCUCUUGAGCUUGAACUAAUUUUCCAUAUUGACACAUUUGAGAUAAGACUUUUUUUCAUCCCAAUUGUGGAAGAUUUCACCGUUACAAUACCAGUAAAAAUGAAAUAUCACAGCAUGAUAAAAUAUGAAAAAUAGACACUAUACAUGUCUAAUAAUAUAAAAAGUAUAUACUUUGAAAAAGAAAAUUAGUACCAUAUGAGGAUCAAUGAGGGCCAUAAAUGAGUGAAAAUACUGCUCAUCUCCGCUCUCAUUAGGACAGACAUUAUCAACUAUAAUUAUUAUAAAGAUAAAGGCGUAAAGGUGUAUCUUUUCACUAACCAAAGGCACUACCAAAUAAUUGAGCAGUCAGUAACCCAUUCUUUUUUUUUUGCACAGUCCUAAUGUAUGAAAGUACUGUAGUUUCAAGAAAUUUCUUGUUUUUCAUUUUAAGAUGAAUUAUUUAAUACUUGUUUAAAUAUACUUUUUUCUCACUAAAUGAAUGUUUGAGGUGUCACAAUAGAGGGUUUUUUUUAUCUCUUGCCAAAUACUAAGGAAUUCAAACUCAUAUAAUGUCAUCUCAACUAAGUUAGGUCCAAUAAGAACUUCUAAUUUCAUCAUUUGACUCGUGCUAAAUUAUACAUUCCCCCAGAAUUGUUCAAAUAACUCAUUUGAAGUUAUAAACUGAAAUGUCACCACAUUUAUUCCUCAGUUCAAUAUUCCUCAGUUCAACAUUUUCAUGGUCCUAUGAUCCAGUGGCAUUACAUAAAAUAAUUUUGUCAUUAAUUCUUUGCUAACUGAUUGAAAUAAAAAAGUAAAAACUAUGAAAAGCCAUGACUUGUAAAACCCCCUUGUUGUCCAAAUCCCACCAGAGGAACAUCAGUGAGCAAGUAUUUUAAGUCUUUGAAUGAAGCAACCCUUUAACCUCUCUGCUUGUAACGUCAAGUAUCAUCCUCCUCCACUACGCUAACUAACACUAUGAAUUUAAGUGUGUACUUGAUUCAAUGUAGACAUGAUUCUCACCUGAGGUUCUAGGACAAAAAAAACAAACAAAAAAAAACACAACAAAUGUUUCUGUGUGACUACAUUUUGCUACAAAAGAAUAUAAAAUAUGAAUUAAUUCCUAUGAACUAAA